UCUUCUGGAGAUUCCUUAAAUACUAUAUCAUCUUUCGGAGCUGUAGAAAGGUCCUCCAAAAUUGCUUCCAUUGAAAUCAAGGACGCCAUGUUGCAAAGACCAUACCUCUAGGUCAAACCCACCACACAUGGUCCUUGGUUGUGGUGAAAAGAUGGCCCUCUUUUAUUUCUGUCUUUUAUUCCUUUCUGGGUCUUCCCUGGCCACUUCUAUUCACGGCGUGUCACUGGAGAAAGCCAGCUUCUAUGUACCAGGGAAGAGCUUCACUUGCCUAGACGGAUCGGACACCAUUCCAUUCAAAUACGUCAAUGAUGACUAUUGUGAUUGUGCCGACGGAUCAGACGAGCCCGGGACUUCAGCUUGCCCAGACAACCUCUUCUAUUGUCCUAAUAAAGGCCACAAGGCCUCCUAUCUCCUCUCCUCUCGCGUCAAUGAUAAGAUAUGCGACUGCUGUGAUGGUUCUGAUGAAUGGGGGACUGACACAGCUUGCACCAACACUUGUGAAGAAAUGGGUCGCGCAGCUAAAGCAGAGCUACAGAGAAGAUUCGAGACGCAUGCUCAGGGAUACGAGAAAAUGUUAGAGUAUUCGAGGCAAGGAGAGGAAAAGAAGAGCGAGUACCAGAAAGAGCUAGAGCAAUACGAGAACGAUAUCGGAGUCAUAGAGUCCGAAAUAGAAACCUUACGACAAGCAAAAGAUGAUGCUGAAGAUCCUGAGACUAAAGCUAAGGACGAACACAAAAAUAAAUGGGAGGAGUCAAUAAACACUCACAAAGCAGCAAAGCGUGAAGUGGAAGCAAAAAAGAUGUUUACGCUGCUUGACGCUGAUUCUGAUGGUCGUGUCACGACACAGGAGGUGAUGAAUCACUCUGAAUUGGACGAUAAUGGUGAUAAUGUUGUUACUCUUGAAGAAGCUAACCAUUAUCUGGAUGAGGCUGAAUCUGUUGACUUUGAGACGUUUCUUGAACGAGUUUGGGACGCAAUGGCUGCAAACAUAGCAAAGAGAGAAGAAGAGAGAUUAGAUGCCGAGAGAGCCAAGAAGGAGGAAGAGAAGGCACAAAGAGAGAAUGAGGAGGGAGAUGAAAAAAAAGAUGAAGAUGAUGAUGAUGAUGAAGAAGAUGAUGAAGAUAAUGGAGACAACAAAGACCAAGAUAGUCCCCCGAGUGUGAUGCCUCCUUAUGACGAGGAAACUCAAAAGUUGAUUGAAACAGCCGAUAAAGCAAGAAAGGAUCUCGAAGAAGCCGAGUCUCGUAAAAGAGACAUCGAAGGAAAACGUAACGAGAGGCAGAAAUACCUCAAUAUUGAUUUUGGUGAUAAUCAACAGUUUGCUCCUCUUUAUCAACAGUGCUAUGAGUUCACUGAUCGAGAGUACACAUACAAACUAUGCAUGUUUGAUAAGGUCACCCAGAGAAAUAAAAAUGGUGGGAGUGAGACACGUCUUGGCGAAUGGGACAAAUGGGAUGGUCCGCCUCAUACCUCUGUCCAUUCUGUGAUGCGUUACUCUAAUGGAGAGAAGUGCUGGAAUGGACCGAAUCGAUCAACUCUUGUUACUCUGGUUUGUGGUGUGGAG